CUUCUUCGUCUUCUUCCGACGCCAAAUUCCGAUAUGGAACAAAUCUUCACUCAUACAUUCUCUUCUUCCGCCAUUUCCGCAUUGCAAUUCCGUCCGCAGAUUCCAUUCGUCACUCGCCCGGAGCAUGAUCUCUGAUUCCAUUAACUAUUGGCUUCUUCCUCUGUUUCGUUUACCUUUGGUUUCUCUCCCGCCAUGUCGCUCUUUUUCGGUAUCUUCAUCGGCGUUGUUGUCGGAGUCCUACUGGUUAUUGCUUUUGCUCGCGCCGGGAAUGUUCGCGCCAAGCAUCGCUCUGAUUUGGCGACGACAGUUGCGGCAUUUGCAAGGAUGACGGCACAGGAUUCCAGAAAAAUCCUUCCGAAGGAGUUUUAUCCGUCGUGGGUUGUAUUUACGAAGCAACAAAAGUUAACUUGGCUCAAUCACCAGCUUGAUAAAAUCUGGCCAUUUGUUGACGCGGCAGCAUCGGAGCUGAUAAGGAGCAGUGUGGAGCCAAUUCUCGAACAAUUUCGACCGGUUGUAUUAUCUUCUUUGAAGUUCUCAAAGUUGACCCUUGGUACUAUCGCUCCUCAUUUUACAGGAAUCGCUGUACUCGAGGACGAAGCAGAAACUGAUGGAAUAACUUUAGAGUUGGAGAUGCAGUGGGAUGGUAAUCCAAACAUUGUUCUUGACAUAAAAACUAAAGUUGGCGUUUCUUUACCAGUUCAGGUAAAAGAUAUUGCAUUCACAGGGCUUUUCAGAUUAAUAUUCAAGCCAUUAGUUGAUGAGUUUCCUUGUUUUGGAGCUGUGUGUUAUUCCCUGAGGAAAAAGAAAAAUCUGGAUUUUAAACUUAAGAUUGUUGGAGGGGACAUAUCCUCUAUUCCUGGGGUUUCUGAUGCUAUUGAGGGAACAAUUCGAGAUGCCAUCGAAGGUAGCAUAACAUGGCCGGUUCGAAAUAUUGUGCCCAUCAUAGCAGGGGAUUAUAGCGACUUAGAGGCAAAGCCUGUUGGAACAUUGGAAGUGAAGCUCGUGCAGGCAAAGGAAUUAACCAAUAAAGACAUUAUAGGAAAGUCGGAUCCUUAUGCUAUGGUGUUUGUACGGCCAUUGAAAGAAAGAACGAGAACAAGUAAAACCAUUAAUAACCAAUUGAAUCCCAUAUGGAAUGAGCACUUUGAUUUCGUAGUUGAAGAUCCAUCAACGCAGCACUUGACUAUAAGAAUUUUUGACGACGAAGGAGUUCAGGCAUCUGAGCUAAUUGGCUGUGCUCAAGUAGCAUUAAAGGACCUCGAGCCUGGGAAAGUGAAGGACAUUUGGUUGAAGCUGGUCAAAGAUUUGGAAAUUCAGAGGGAUAACAAAAACAGGGGUCAGGUGCAUUUGGAGCUUCUUUACUACCCCUACGGCACUGAUCAGAGCCUCUAUAUGAACCCAUUUAACCCAGAUUAUGCAUUGACCUCGGUGGAGAAGGCUCUGAAGACAGUGAAGAGUGUGAACACGGUUACAAAUGGCUCAGAAGAUGCAGAUUCAGUAAAACAAAGCUCCCCAAAGAAGAGGGACGUGAUUGUAAGAGGAGUGUUGUCUGUGACAGUAAUAGCUGCUGAAGAUUUGCCGGCUGUAGAUUUCAUGGGAAAAGCCGAUCCUUACGUCGUUCUCAUUAUGAAGAAAUCCGACACUAAGGUUAAAACCAGGGUUGUGCAUGACACCCUGAACCCAGUCUGGAAUCAAACGUUUGACUUCCUGGUGGAGGAUGCAUUACACGAUAUGCUAAUGGUGGAGGUCUGGGAUCAUGACACUUUUGGAAAGGAUAAACUGGGGAGGGUCAUAAUGACACUGACAAGAGCGAUACUGGAAGGGGAAGUUCAGGACUCUUAUCCACUGGAAGGAGCCAAAUCAGGGAGAAUUUUUCUGCAUCUCAAGUGGGCAGCUCAGCCAAUAUUCCGAGAUACUUGACCAAAACCUUCUCAUUCUUUUUUUCUCAUCUCGUCUUACUCAGGUAUCUGAUUAAAACUUCGCGGCGGGAGGAAAGAAUAAUACUUACUUAUUGACCACCAUUAAAAAUUUGAUAACUAUUUAUUAUUUUAAAAAAGGAAAAUUAUCUCUUCUCCCUCUCUGAAUUAUUUGUAAUGGUGGUCAGGAUGGGAUGAAACUUAUGUUUACGAGUAAGUAUCUUCAUAUUCACCACAAUUAAAAAAUUGACAGCUAAAAUAGAUGAAUGAUAGCUGUCAAUUUUUUAAUAGCGAUAAGUAGGAGAUAUUGCUGUUGGUAUGCAUCUAAGUUUUAUUCAUCGGUAUUAUUUGAGAGGGGAAUUCAUCACUUACGAUC